GAAUCUUCCCAGGUACACUCAGCUGAGCUCACAUCUCCUGUCAUCAUGUCCUCCAGCUGCUGCUCUGGAAACUUCUCCUCCCGCUCCUUUGGGGGCUACCUGCGCUUGCCUAGCUCCUGGGGCUCUUCCUACCCCAGCAACCUGGUCUACAGCACUAACCUCUGCUCUCCCAGCACCUGCCAGCUGGGCUCCUCCCUCUACAGGGGCUGUCAGGAGACCUGCUGUGAGCCCACCAGCUGCCAGACAUCCUGUGUGGUGUCCAGCCGCUGCCAGCCAUCCUGCUACAGCCAGAGGAUGUCCACUCUCUGCAGUCCCUGCCAGUCGACUUCUGCUGGAUCUCUGGGCUUUGGGUCCAGCAGCUGCCAUUCCCUGGGCUAUGGAUCUAGAAGCUGCUACUCACUGGGCUGUGAAUCGAGUGGCUUCAGAUCCCUGAAUUAUGGAGUCUCUGGCUUCCCUCUCCUGGGUUAUAGAUCCAGUUUCUACCACCCAUUUUUUUUUCCUUCCAGGGUUUUCCCUUCCUCUUGUUACCAGCCAUUAUAUAGAUCGGGCUUGUACUCAUUAACCUGUUGA